AUGAAUUGGAUAGUGAAUGAAAAAAGUAAAAAUUUUAUUAUUAGUUUCUCUAAUACGUCCAAAUUGAGCCUGAAUGAUGCUAAGGAAGAAAUUAUGUAUUAUGAAAUCGGCAAGGAUUUCAAAGCUUUAAUAUAUAUCCGAUUUACAGUGCGUAGGAUAAAAUUAGCAAUAGUGCCUCAUACCCUACCAUUUCUCACAAUCUGGAAAUACAAGAACGAGGCUGAUUUUUACAGAAGGAAAUAUAAAGUAACGACUGCAGCUUCAUCGUUCAAAAUCAAGGAAUAUAUUCUUGCAAAAGAACUAACCGGAUUUUUUACUCCUGAAUCACCGUUAAAUCCGAAGUGUUACUUGAAAAAUAGAUUGUGCAAUUUUGCAAAACAAAAAAUUUGGUCAUCACUUCUCACCCUAAAUCUCCAAGAUAUGUUUGGAACAACCUAUCUUGAACUCCUGAUUAAGGUAUUUACUAACUAUUGCAUUUGGAAACAAAGAUCCGUUCAUGAAAUAAAGCAGUUAGCCUGGAAAAGACAGCAUAUAGUUGUCACAUCAUUAGUAGACAGAAAUAAUUUUCCACAAGAACGAAUAAAAGCAUUUGCAUAA